UCCGCCGCAGUCCAUCACCGGGAAACAAUGAACAUACUCCGACGAAUCCCAUCGAAUCUCUUCACAAACAGACACUACUACACAAACCGAGUAAAAAAAACAACCCUCUACUCCAAAAUCAGCCCUUUAGGAAACCCAAAAUCAAGCAUCUACCCAGAACUCCAAAACUGGGUCCACUCCGGCAACAAAGUCUCCGUCGCCGAGCUCAUCCGCAUCGUCCACGACCUCCGCAGACGCAAACGCUUCCUCCACGCCCUCGAGGUCUCCAAAUGGAUGAACGAGACAGGCGUAUGCAUCUUCUCCCCGACAGAACACGCCGUCCACCUCGACCUCAUAGGCAGAGUCCACGGCUUCGUCUCCGCCGAAACCUACUUCGAAACCCUCAAGGAGCAUCACAGGAACGACAAGACUCACGGAGCGCUUCUCAACUGUUACGUUAGGCAACAGGAAGUUGAGAAAGCUUUGUCUCAUUUCGAGAAGAUGAGGGAGUUGGGUUACGCUUCUUCGUCGCUUACUUACAAUAACAUCAUGUGUCUUUACACUAACAUUGGUCAGCACGAGAAGGUUCCUUGUGUGUUGGAGCAGAUGAAGGAAGAGAAUGUUGUUCCUGAUAAUUAUAGUGUUAGGCUUUGUAUUAAUGCCUUUGGUGUUAUGAAUGAUCUUGAGAGGAUUAGUGAGAUCUUAAGGGAAGAGGAUGUUGUUAGAAUGGAUUGGAAUACUUACGCUGUUGCUGCGAAGUUUUAUAUCGAUGGUGGGGGCCGUGAUAAGGCUAUUGAGCUUCUGAAGAUGUCUGAAGAUAGGUUGGAGGGUAAAGAUGGUGAAGGGUAUAAUCAUCUUAUUACGUUAUACGCUAGGUUAGGUGAUAAGGGAGAGGUGUUGAGGCUAUGGGGUUUGGAGAAAGAUGUUUGUAAGAGACGGAUUAAUCAGGACUAUCUUACUGUGUUGCAGUCACUUGUGAAGAUUGAUGGUUUGAGAGAAGCUGAGGAAGUGGUUAAGGAAUGGGAAUCAUCGUCAGGGAACUGUUACGAUUUUCGGGUUCCGAACGUCGUGAUUCGUGGGUAUGUUGGGAAAGGGAUGGUGGAGAAGGGAGAAGCGAUGCUUGAAGAUUUGGCGAGGAGAGGGAAAGGCACUACGGCAGAUUCUUGGGGGCUUGUGGCCGCUGCUUAUGUUGAAAAAGGUGGUUUGGAUAGUGCUUACAAGUGUUUGAAAACGGGGUUAGAUGUAGAAGUGGGGAAGAGGAAAUGGAGACCGGGUUUGAAGGUGGUGACAAGUGUUUUGAGUUGGCUUGGGGAUGAAGGGAGGUUGAGUGAAGUAGAAAGCUUUGUUGCUUCUCUUAGGAACUGUACGGGUGUGAACAGAGAGAUGUAUCAUGCUCUUGUUAAGGCUGAUAUAAGAGAAGGUGGAAGCAACGUUGACACUCUGUUGCAGCGUAUGAAAGAGGACAGGAUUGAGACUGAUGAUGAAACCAUGGCUAUUCUCAGCACAAGAAGUCACUGCUGAGGUUUUGUUCUUCUUCCUUACCAUGCGUUUUGACAUGAUCUCAAGAGAUGAGUUUUGCUUCAACUACGUCAUAGUUGAUACCACAAGCACCAGAAUCUUUAUGUUUGUUAAGAAUCCUCUGUGCUUGUUCUUUUUUUUUUGUCAACCCCUCUGUGCUUGUUCAAAGUGCCACUUUUUAUUGAACUAACAGAAGGGAGAAUUAGAACACUAUUUGGAUGCAUUUUUAUUGAAGUUGAUAUCCACUCCCUAACAAUUUUAUGUCUGAGAGGAUGCCAUGGAGCUCAGAGAUACUUUCUUCAUGGUUUAUAGCUCUUA